AUGUUCAACACAACCAAUGCCAAUUUAAGCAACACAAACUUGACAAAUGCUACAACCAUGAUUGGUGGGAAUAAUUCGGCAAUAACAGAGCAAAUCAACACAGUUCUGUCUUGUUACGUUCCAGGAAGUCCAAACUACAAAUUCAGUUACUGGUUCUACAACUUAUCAAAUACGCCCGUAGUGAGACCAGCUGAUAUGGGAAUGGAGCAAUGGAAUGAGCUGUACAUCAAUCAGCACCUGAUGCCAGUCAAAUUGAACUGCGAGCAGAUUAGGACGAGGAGAGAGCAACAAAAUGAUUUGACCAUAAAACUAAACAACACAAAGCAGGAUACGCUUGAACAAAUUGGAGGAUUAAACAGCAAGAAGAACACGAUACGAAACAAGUUGAAGACACUGGUCUACAAGUUCAGAAAGGUCGCCAAGGGGUUUAUAAGGCAAAAUGAACACAUUUACAUGAACACCGACACGGAUGGAAUGAUAAAAAGGGAGAAGUUGUAUCUGGCUGACCAGGAAGAGGGCAUUCUACAGAUGGAGGAGAUCAAGGAGAGACUGAAUGACCUUCUGAAGCGGAUCAAGAAGGACGAGAGAGGGAGCCUGUUUGAAUAG